AUAAUUAAGUAGUAAGUGUAAUAGUUGAUACAACCAACCCUGAAAAUCGCCUAUAUAAAGUGUAUAAAAAUUAGUCUUUGCCUCAUCAAAGAAAAUUCAUCUUAUAGAGAAUUUUAAUUUUAAGAAGUUAUCAUCAUGUCUUUGCUUUCAGAUCUUAUCAACCUCAAUCUUUCAGAUGAUACUCAGAAGAUCAUUGCUGAAUACAUAUGGAUUGGUGGAUCAGGCAUGGACAUGAGGAGCAAAGCCAGGACUCUCCCUGGUCCAGUAACUAGUCCUGCAGAACUACCCAAAUGGAACUAUGAUGGAUCAAGCACAGGUCAAGCUCCUGGAGAAGACAGUGAAGUGAUCAUAUACCCACAAGCAAUCUUCAAGGACCCAUUCAGAAGAGGCAACAAUAUCUUGGUCAUGUGUGAUGCCUAUACUCCUGCUGGUGAGCCCAUCCCAACAAACAAGAGGCACGCUGCCGCCAAGGUCUUCUGCCACCCUGAUGUGGCUGCUGAGGAAACUUGGUAUGGUAUUGAACAAGAAUAUACCUUGCUGCAAAAGGAGGUCAACUGGCCUCUUGGAUGGCCCAUUGGCGGUUUUCCUGGACCCCAGGGACCAUACUACUGUGGAACCGGAGCUGACAAGGCCUUUGGACGUGACAUUGUGGACGCCCAUUACAAGGCAUGUAUCUAUGCUGGGAUUAACAUCAGCGGAAUCAAUGGUGAAGUCAUGCCGGGACAGUGGGAAUUCCAAGUCGGACCUUCUGUUGGCAUCUCAGCCGGUGAUGAAGUGUGGGUAGCUCGUUACAUUCUAGAGAGGAUUGCAGAGAUUGCUGGGGUGGUCGUGUCAUUCGACCCCAAGCCUAUCCCGGGCGACUGGAACGGCGCAGGUGCUCACACAAAUUACAGCACCAAGUCGAUGAGGGAAGACGGAGGCUAUGAAAUAAUCUUGAAGGCUAUUGAGAAGCUUGGCCUGAAGCACAAAGAACACAUAGCUGCAUAUGGUGAAGGCAAUGAGCGUCGUCUCACCGGAAAGCACGAGACAGCCAACAUCAACACCUUCAAAUGGGGGGUUGCAAACCGUGGUGCAUCUGUCCGUGUUGGAAGAGACACAGAGAAGGCAGGCAAGGGAUACUUUGAGGACAGAAGGCCAGCCUCAAAUAUGGACCCAUACGUCGUUACCUCCAUGAUCGCAGAAACCACCAUCAUCGGUUAACCUUGAAGACAUUUUACUAUGGAUGGCUCGGGGGAUCGCUUGUUUCUGGUUUGCACAAUUUGGGAUAGGAGAAAAGAUUGAAUUGUGAAACGACCCUUUCGACUUCACCUGUGUUAAUUUUUAGUUAUAGGGGUAGAUUGUCUCUUGUUAUUUUUCUGUUUAUUUGCCAGUUGAAUUGUAUUUUCAUACAGCAAGGCCUUAUACAUUGUCUAUGAUUUGGCAAUGCUGUGUUACAAAACAAUGUUAUUCUUAUUAAUAACAAAGAUAAUGAAAGGGUUUGAU